AAGAGAAGGCUGCCUUCUUCAUGCCCUCCACCGGGGAUACAGCCUGUACAUGCCCUGGGCAUGUGACCUGACCAGGAAUCAAACCAACAACCUCUCAGUGUCUGGGAUAAUGUUUAAUCAACUGAGCCACACAGGCCAGACACUUGUUUUAUUUUAUUGCUGAAUGCUAUUAAUUUUAAGAAUCUAUCAAAGCUUGCUUAUCUAUUUUUCCAUUGGUGGAUAUUUACUUUUUUUUCAAUUUGGGAAUAUUAUGAAUAUGGCAGUUAUCAAUAUUCUCACAUAAGAUUUUGUGGACAUGACUAGAAUUUCUGGAUCAUAAUUGCUCCAAGGGUGUGCUGCAACUUCUCCACUGGUUACCCGAACUUCUACAAAAGCCUUCUCAUCCAUGGAUGAUUUCCAGAGUUGGUGUUCUUUGAGUAGAUAAAUGGUAGGAAACUCUUAUUUCACCAUGUUUAUGAUGUCACUCCUCCUGGUUUUACACUUUUAUCUACCUAGUGUCUUGGUCACAUACCAGAUGUCUAGCAAACAACUCCAGGCUUCCACAGACCUAUUUAUCAAGCAGCUCAAGUGGCACAAGAUUGUGGUUGUGGGAUCAGUCAUUGCAAUUUGGAUCUUGUAUACCAGGGUUUCCUGGCCUGAUAGUGCUGUCCCUCUGUCCCCAAGGCCUCGCCCUGCCCGCAAAUCCUCUGGCUCUCUCCCCCCGCAGCUCUCAGACCUGACCCACCUUCUGCACUGGCCUCUGACUCCAGGAGAUGGGGGGGACCUUUUGGCCUCCACCAGCCCUGAGACCUCUACCUACCACCUGAAGGGUCCUGUGCAGGCCAGCUAUGCCCUGGGAGGCUACCUGGAGGCCAUCCUUGUGGCCAGAGACCAUAGGGGCAGGCCCAAGACCCACGGUGGGGAUCUGUUUCGGACAAAGCUGCUGGGUCCUGACUUGAAGGCAGGGGUCCCUGGGGAUGUCCAGGAUCUAGAGAACGGCACAUACCUGCUGUCCUUCCCCCUUUUCUGGUCUGGGCAGGCCCAGGUGCAAGUUCGGCUAAUCCACUCCAGUGAGGCAGUUGGGGUUCUUCGAAGAAUCUGGAGGGACCAAUGGGCCACAGUCGAUUUCAUGGGCUAUUUUCGGGGACCCACAGGAUAUGAAGAAACUGUAACUUGCAAUAUUAACCCCCUGUUAACUGGAGAGGAAGAGUCUACCUGUCACUAUAGGGAUGAAGAUUCGGGGGAGCUCUGGUUCUGCGCUCGACCACCCACCCUGCCCUGCGACUCACUGGUGGGACAUUCAAGUGGACGUUACUGGAACGUGACCACACCACAAGAGGAGGCCCUGCUGCUGUGGAAUGUGACAGACAAGGUCCUCCCUCAGGGUAUUUCUCCAAUCUGGGUGGCCAAGGAGAGCGAUAGGAGUCUGGUGCUGUCUCCCAAACAACUGUGCCAUCCUGGGAUCCCGGGCCCAAAGCCUUCUGGCUUCUUCCACCGAGGAGUGUGGCACUCUCUUUCCUGCUCUGGCCGCUCCUUCUCCACUGUUGACAGCAUCCUGGGCUGCCUGGCUGGUCAUGUCAUCCACAUGAUGGGAGACUCCACGCUGCGGCAGUGGUGGGAGUAUCUGCGUGACACUGUGCCUUCCCUGAAGCCCAUGGAUCUACACGUCACGUAUCAGACAGGGCCCCUGAUGGCCGUAGAGACCACUCGGAACAUAGUGCUGCACUGGCGGGCCCACGGCUGGCCCCUGCGCUCCCUCCGCACACCGGUGGCCUCCCUGCACUCCGUGGUCCAGGAGCUGGGAGGCCUGGCUGGGGGCCCCCACACCGUGGUGGUGCUGGGGCUGGGCGCACACUUCACCACCUUCCCUCCAUCCGUCUUUGUGCAGCGACUGGCAGGGAUCCGGGCAGCUGUGGCUGCGCUGCUGGCCCGGGAGCCCCACACUCUUGUGGUCAUCAAACUGGCCAACACUGGCUACAAGUCCGUGUAUGGCAGUGACUGGUUCACCCUCCAGGUGAACCGGCUGCUCCGAGCUGCCUUUGCUGACCUCCGUGUGGCCUUUGUGGAUGCCUGGGAAAUGACCUCCAGCCUGGCCCUGCCUGACAGGAUCCACCCAGGGCGGCUCAUUGUCCAAAACGAGGUGGACUCCCUCCUCUCCUUCAUCUGCCCCACCUGAAUGCUUCUGCCUUGGGCUGUGUGGACAGAGAAGCUGGUGUGAUGAUUAAGCCUGCAAGCUCUGCCUCUCAGCCAUUAUUCCCCUUGUCUGACCUUGCUAAUGCACUGAAUCCACGUCAUAAUUCACACGAUUGUGGAUUUUUCAACUUGUCAUUUAGACCAUUUCUUUUACAUGUUUGAAGUCCAUGUUAUUAUGCAUUACCAGGAAAUCUGACACAAAAUAGCCAGCAUCAGGGCAUCACUUGUAAAAUCACUGGUUUUUUAUAGAUAAAGAAAUAAUCCUUUAAGCAUUUAAGCAAAAAAGGCUUAAGUCACUUACAAGAGAAAAACUUAGAUUGACUUAAAUCAGUGGUUCUGAA